AUGCUCUCCCAGCUGUUCCUCUUCCUUUCCGUUCUUUCCUUCGUCGUUCACUCCCUGCCAGCCGCGUGUCAAUCGCCAGGAGUCAAAGAUAAGGCUGUGAAGUGUGUGGAUCAACUGACGCCGAUGUUCGCGCAGGUGAAAGCGGCUCAGAACAGCGGAUGGGUCACUCUGGACGCAGCUUCGAGUGUCAAUGAUAUGUGCAGUAUUUCGUUGGUGAGCAUCUAUCCUUUUCCUUCCAAACCUUUCUUUCAGGACUGCUUUAAAACGCUUCAAACGUGCGCCGGAAUCGAUCAGAACCUGAUUCUGACUAUGGAAGGAGUGUGUGAUUUGUUCGGAUUCAUGACUGGAAAGUUCAGUGAUUGCACUCAGAAGAUGGAGACUCUGAAGAACAACAAAUGCGUCGUCGACUUCUUCACCAAUCCCGUUUACACUGAUGUCAGUUUUGAAGCGUUACGUACUUACAGGCGAAUUUUCCAGGCUCCGGACAAUAAAACUCGAUGUAACAAGCUGAAAGAAGAUGGGAAGUGUGUGGAGAAGAAGACAGAGUCCGCGUGCUCCAAAGGUUCGGCCAAAGACUUCAGUGAUGUGAGUUUUUGUAAGUUAUGAAAGAUCUCAAUUGAACUUUUGUUUCUAGCACCUCGACGGGCAACUCAAACGGUUCAAUUGUUAG